CUCAACUUGAACAAUGGUUGAUAAUCAGGCGAUUUAGAAUUGCAGUAUUGGAACCGCGUUCGCGAAGAUGGUUCCAUACAGACGUCAAUGACUGCUUGCAUGGAAGUAAAGAACAAGCAUGCACACCUAGAGUAUGCCAGUGAUAGUUGCUGUAGCUCUUUUCUUGCAAUGGAACCAGAAGAACUUACGGCUAUACAGACAGCAGACAGCGAAAUGAUGAAUAAUGUUGGGACACAAAAACCACAUAUGAAGGACGGGGAAGGAUUGGAGCGUGCUGCUCAUGACAGUAACAUUGCUGUUACAAUGAACUCAGAAAUUUCUGGAAUUUCUCAGUUGGUUCAGCUAUUCCCUAAUCACCAAGUGUCAUAUCUUGAAGAAGUUCUCAUUAGCUGUAAUCUCAACCCAGACAUGGCUGCUUUAGCCAUUCUAGAUCAGAGUGUUGAGGUGUCUAAAAACACGUGCACAACACAACACAACACAAGAUGUGCUGCAGCAAAAUGCUCAACAGUUGAAGAUAUAAUUGAUUUGAUACGUGGAGGUGCAGAAUUUGAAAUCCACAACAGUGAACCUAGAGAAAACAGUCAUCUCAAUCAACCUAAUCUUGCUCAACUUCUUUCAUCUGUGAGGAGAGACUGUUUCAGUGAUGCUAUAGCCUUCUUCAAGUCCGGGAAAUAUGACUGGAAGAGAGAUUUUUGUGUAACAUUUGAAGGAGAACCUGCAGUAGAUGGCAGUGGUCUUCGUAAAGAGCUUUUCACACUCCUGCUUCAGCAGAUGACAACAUCUGCUGCUCCAGUAAGGCUUUUUGAUGGGCCUCUUGACAGGUACCUUCCCAUUCACAACAUAGAUGCUUUGUUGGGUGGUCUUUUUAAGGUGGCAGGGCAGAUAAUUGCUGCUUCAGCAUUUCAAGGAGGACCAAAGUUUUCGUGUCUUUCUCCAGCGCUGUAUGCAUACUUGACUACAUCAUCACUAGACAAAGCAUUGGACAUUAUGAGCACAUCAGAUCUUCCCGACAUUUGUUUGGCUGAGACACUAGAAACGCUCAUUGAAGCAGAAGAUAACACAGCUGAAUUCUGCAUGUCAUCAGGAAUGCUAGUGGACCACCUGGUAACAGCUGGGUUUACUCAGCGUCUGACUGCAACAAACAAAACAGAUGCUGUUAUGAAAAUUCUUAUACAUGAAAUGACCAUAAGCCGCAAGUCUGAAAUAGACCAGCUGGCUUCAGGACAAGCUUUGUAUUAGAUCUAGCAAUCAAAUAUCCAGAAGUUUGCGACUUUUGUUGACAGCUUCAACUCCAGAGCAUCUUACAAGUAAUAACUUUCUGGACUUGUUUCAGUUUGAAGAUACUAUUCCAACACAUAUCAAAGAGUAUUUUAUUCGAUAUGUUGCAAAUGCAGGUUAGC